CGGUGUCGCCGAAUAUAAUAAAAUUAAACACUACGAAAAAAGAGGAAGCAUGGUACUUUGGUACAGGAUAUUUUACCAUGGCAGGAGUAGAAGAAAUGGAAUUGCAAGUGACUGUAAGAAGAAUUUUGAACAGCAAGAACUUACAACACUCAAGUUAAAUAUAUGUACCUUGAUUCUGAGAUAUUUGAGCCAAAAGUCGGAGUCCAACCCCUAUCCAACAAUUGUUUCUGUUUGGAUAUACUAUCAAAAUUAUUGCUUUCUUGAACACGGAGUUAAAUGAUAUGACUGGAGAAGUUAUAUAUCAUUUGAUACGGCCAAAACGUGCCUCAUCGAAAUAACGGUUUUAGACCCUAGAUCUCUUUGGACCAAAUCCGUUUCAGGACAUUUGGAGUCGAUCGCUAGAUCGCUGGUGCGCACGAUAAUUCUCGAAGGAAGUAUCCGAUUUGAUCCAAACCUGGUACAUCGCAAUGUUAUUGUCAAACUUAGAUCGAUUUCGGAGAUUGUCAAUACUGGUUCACUCUUUUUGGUACUUCCCCCACAAAAUGUCAACAUUUUCAAAGAAACGGGAAAAUUAACUUCCGGUUCCAUUCAGACUUGUUACAUCUCAAUAUUUCCAUCAACGCAAGAUCUAUUUUAAAGAUGGUAGAGAUCCGACUACUUCUUCUGGAACCUCCACCACAAAGGGUUAAAGAUUUAAAAAAACACAACUCUCAAAGUUUUAUUGGCAAAGCAUUGAUUGAAAAACUAUUACGAUCCGUGCCGAAAUUUGGCAAAAUGUAUGUUCUGAUACGCAAUAAAAAGGGUAAAAGUUCACAGGAACGAUUCGAAGAGAUUUUGAACUCGACGCUUUUUGAAAGGGCACGCCAAGAACAACCCGAAUCGUUUAAGAGAAUUUUCGCCAUUGAUGGCGAUUGCAAUGAUUUGGGCCUGGGUAUCUCCCAGGACAAUCUAAAGAAACUGCAAAAUGUCAAUUUGAUAUUUCAUGUGGCGGCUUGUGUGCGAUUCGAUGAUCAUUUUAGAAAUUCAGUUUUCCUAAAUACUCGGGGCACUCAUGAGAUGGUGAAAAUUGCCGAAGGUUUGACAAAGUUAAGGGCAUUCAUACAUGUAUCAACAACGUAUGCCCAUCCGGAUCGUCGUACGGUGGAGGAGAAAAUUUAUCCUCCCUAUGCAGAUUGGCGCACCACAAUUAAAUUGGCCGAGACAUACGAUGAUGAAACUCUGGAUCUGUUAUUUCCCAAAUAUGGUGAAAGUCAUCCGAAUACCUAUACGUUUACAAAAAGUUUGGCGGAACAAAUCAUCAGGGAGUAUCGGACGAAAUUACCAGUGGCCAUUUUUCGGCCAUCCAUAGUCAUUUCAUCGAUCGAAGAACCCGUUCCCGGAUGGGUUGACAAUUUCAAUGGUCCCCUUGGCAUGAUGGUGGCUUGUGGCGUGGGUAUUAUGCGUACCAACAAUGGCAAUCCCGAUUGUAUUCCCGACUUUAUACCCGUUGAUUUUUGUGUACGAACAUUGCUGCUGACCGCCUAUAAAGUUGUUACGCAGCCCGCUACAGUGGAUGUUGCCGGCGACGUUGAGGUUUUCCACUGUGCCAAUUCGAAAAUGAAUGCCAUCAGUACCGGUGAAUUGAUUGAUUUGGGUAAAAAGGUUAUAUUGGAGAAUCCAUUGGAGAAAUGCAUUUGGCUACCACAUGGCGAUAUAACCAGAUGUGAUGUAUGGCAUUAUAUUAGGCUCUUUUUCGUACAGAUAUUGCCAGCAAUUUUGCUUGACUGUAUACUCCGUUUUACGAGAUACCCACCAUUCUUGAUGAAACUUCAAAGGCGUAUACAUUGUACAAAAAAUUCCCUGGAAUUAUUUAUUAAUACAGAAUGGAAUUUCAUCAACACAAGAUUAAUGGCCUUGGAGGAUCUGGUUAAUGAUGGAGAAAAAAAAAUAUUUGGUUUUAUGCAUUACAUUGAGUUUGACAAGAAAGUCUUCCUGGCCAAUGGCAUCAAGGGAGCCAAACAAUUUUUGCUAAAAGAGAGACCAAUUGCAUCGCCCCAAGCUCGUCUUCGCCUGCGUAUUUUUAUGGUUCUUCAUUACACUUUGAAAUAUACACUGUACUACUAUAUAGUGCGUUAUAUCUUUAGAACAUUGAAUGCUUAUUUCAGCGCACACUAAUUUUUGUAUCCGCGAUAUUGAAAAUAAAGUUACUACAUACCAACUUGUUGCGGUGUGUAAAAACGUG